AGUACCAUAGCUGGAUUCGAGAUUACUAAGUCUGAUCUCGAUGUCGUUCUCGUGUCUCCCUAUCUGGAGGACUUUUUCUGCACCCCUGACAAGAGUGACGAAUCCAAUUCUCUUCUACAUAAUCUGGCGAAAGAAUUUCAGUCUGUGGGGUUCGAGGUUACGCUACUCUUAAAGACCCGUGUACCUAUAAUGAAGCUUGCACUGAAGGCUACACAUGAGAACUCAAUUGACUUGAGUUGCGACAUCGGGUUUAAUAAUUACCUGAGAGUGGAUAAUACUAGGACGCUGCAAAUACAUAGUCGAUGCGAUGCAAGAGUGAAGCAAAUGGUUGUUUUCAUAAAGGUAUUUACGCUUUCACCUGAAUUCUGGCCUCGCAAUCCCCUUGGCAAUUCAGAAUUUUGUGAACUUGACACUAUCACAUGCCAGUGGUGGGCCGAGAAGACACAUUAAUAACCCAUACCGUGGUGCCCUUUUUUCUUACGGUCACGUUCUCAUGAUCAUCCAUUUUCUGAUCAAAGUGGUUGGCCCCCAUGUUUUGAUGAAUCCGCAGCAUACCACGAUCCCCGAAGACGCACCGCCUGACCAGGCAUUUGGUGAGGGUGACGAAGGAGAGCAUUAUGUUUGGUAUGCUGAAGAUAUCGAAAAUCUUCCCAGGACCAGGAACCAAAUGCAUGUCGACCAGCUCCUACAUAGCUUCUUCGAAUACUAUUCACAUAGGUUCCAAUGGGGAAGAGAGGUCAUCUCCAUCCCGACCCAACGCGGCAUAUUUAGUAAGUAAGGUAAGGGUUGGGUUACGGCUGUUGCUAGGCCGUGGAGGAGCGGGCAUACUCAGAUAAAAGAUGGAUACUUGUUUGCCAUCGAGGACCCUUUCGAAAUCAGCCACAAUGUGGGCAGGACCUGCUAUCCCACCGGAGUAGACAGGGUUCGAUCAGAGUUCAAAAGAGCCUUGAACAUUAUUAGG